GGGUGGGGGAGCUGAAUAGAGACGUAUCCAGAAAAAGCGUGUAUGUGAGGAAGGAGUCGCUACGUUUCCUGGUUGGACACGUGCGAAGGACAAAACAUACAUCCUAAAUGAGACAGUGUGACUUUUUAAUAUGGAGAAAAAACAAGUUUUAAAACGUUUAUAUGUUGGAGGACUUGGCCAUACAGUUUCUGAGGCUGAACUGCAGGAAAGAUUCAGCAAGUUUGGAAAUGUUACAGAUACGGAAAUUGUUAUCAGGAAAGAUGACCAGGGGAACCCUAUGAAAACUUUUGCUUAUAUCAACAUUGGCAUUUCUGAAGCAGAUCUUAAAAGAUGUAUGUCCAUUUUAAAUAAAACAAGGUGGAAAGGUGGAACGCUACAAAUUGAAUUGGCCAAAGAAAGCUUUUUGCACAGAUUGGCACAGGAGAGACAAGAAGCAAGGUUGAAGAAGGAAAAGCCACAUACGGAUGGCAAGGGAAAUCUGUUGGAAUCACUGAAUAAAGCUGGAGUUGUGAAUUUUCACAUGAAAGCAGUGCCAGGAACAGAAGUACCGGAUCAUAAGGAUUGGGUAGUUAGUAAAUUUGGCAGAGUUUUACCCAUCCUUCACCUUAAGGGUCGACACAAAAGCAAAAUAAUGAAAUAUGACCCAUCAAAAUAUUGCCACAACCUUAGAAAGCUGGAGCAAGACUUGACUGACACAGUUCCCAUAUCGAAGCUCACUUGGCAGUUGGAAGGUGGAGAUGACAGCAUGAGCAAGAAACGACGAGGAGAGUUCCCUGAAAUUAAAAAAACACCAAAAAAAAUGAGGAUACAGAGUAGUGAAAAUUUAAAUAAAACACCAGGUCGCCACUUGCAAUCAAAAAAAGCAAACUUAACACAAACAAAAUUAAUCCAAAUGUCAAACUCCAAAUCAACUGGUCUGUCUAAAUUACUUCAGACACCUAGUCUUAAUAGUAUUGACGUGAAAGGGAAAGAAUUAUUUCUGGAUAAGAACCUGGCAUCUGGUGUUAAGACUAACAGGAAUACAAACAGCAUUUCAGACAGUGAUAUUGAUUCUGAAGAAGAAAUCAGGGCAAUGAUAGAGAAAGAAAAGGAAAUACAGAAAGCUAAAACAAAUGUUGAAUCUGAAAGUGAUCAUUUGGAAGUUGUGGGGGAUAAUUUUGAGCUAAAAUACAACACUCACUGGUCUUUAACCAAUCCAAAUAUUAUGAAGAAAGUGAGUAAGGGAUGUAACAGACAAGGAAAGACUAUUGAAAAUGACACGGAUUAUGAUUCAGCAGAUACAGAUGAAAUUAUUGCUGUGACUAAAACUCCAGAUAAAAACAGUGUGAAAACUAAAAUUCCAAGAGAUUCUGAGCUGGUGAAAAUGCAAAGGAAGGAUACUGUUAGGAAUGAAACUUUCAAAAACGACAAAAGCGUUGAUUCUGCAAAUGAUUCCUUUGUGUUGUCACCAGAUAAGUUAAGAGAAAAAAAUAACAAAAAAGUAGUGCAUAACAAAACAGCAAAAGUCCGGGCUUCUGAACUACAGGACAACAGAGCUGACAGCAAGUCUGGGUCUACUAGUUUUGAUUCAGAGCAUGAAGCAAGUGAAUCUGAAGCUGACUCUGAUUAUGAAGACAUGAUGCAAAACUGUUACCGCCUAGAUCUUACGUUACAUGAGUUAGAAGCAAUAGCCACUGCAAGUAUUGAAUCUUCACAAGGAGACAUAGAAGGCAAGCGGAGGGAUAGUCAGUGCAAAACUGACGGUAAUAUUAGUGACGCCAAGUAUAAUAGAAAAAUUUAUGAAAUUGACUCUACAACUAAAACAUCUAUUAAUCCUGAAGAUAUAGUUGCUGCCAUUUUAGAGGGAGAGGAGAGUGCUGAUGAGAAGCCAAUGGAAAAUAUCUCCAGUUUGAAAUUUCAGCCUUUCAGAGGAAUAGGGUCAUUAUGUGACAAUCAGAAUUUUGAGGAGAUGAGCAAGGAAGGUUCUUGCAGCUGUAAAAGAAAAUAUAACCAGAAUGCCUCAAGUCUUGUUGAUUUGAAAAAUAAAUUUUUAGAAGAGGUUUCAAAACCAAACUGUUCUUGUUAUGGGAAACACUCAGCUCCCAGACAGUCUAGUCGUUCCAUAUUGUCUUCACUUGAAGACAGAAGUGUGAAAAAGAAGCAAAAUACUCUCAGCAACCAGUUCAAGAAGGAGUCAGAUUCCCAAUAUUCAGAAGGUGGAAGUGAAAAGCCUAUUUGGAAACCACCUUCAUUACGAGAGAAUAACUACUUGAAUUCUCAUGCAGAAGCUCAAACAGCAAACAGAGGAGACAGUGGGGACUGCACCACAACUAGUAUCAUUGGAAGCGAGGAGGGAAGCAUUGACACAGAUAGUGUUUUAUCUGUCGCACAGAAACACAUUAAAUGUGAAUUGGAAAGCCCAGACUCUCUUGCUGAGAAACCAAAGAAGGAUGCAAGCAGUAAAGGUUCAGCCUCUAAAUUUCAGAAAUGUGAGAACCAUAAGAAAAGUGUUCACAAAAGUAAAGAAGAGUUUUGCAUUCCUACUGUUAUCUCAAGUGAGUCAGAUGUAAAGGAGAAACAACUGCAGGAUAAUCAGAAGAGGCUGGCGGCUGUACAAGAGAGACAGAAAGAGAGAGAAUUACAGAAGAAACUUAUUCAAGGGGCUCUUCUGAACCUGGAAAGCCAGUCAGCAAGCAAGCAUAAGCACAUUGUAUUUGAUUCAGAUGGAGAAAGUGAAGCUGAAGUAGAAGAGAAGUCUAAGGAAGAAGUGACUAUAGGAAAUCUGCCUGAAAAAGAAUUUACUAGUAAAAUUUCUGGGAAGUUGUUUGAGAGCAGUGACGAUGAGCAAGAUGCUACAGGUGAAGAUGACAGAUUCCAAAUCAAACCCCAGUUUGAAGGCAAAGCUGGUGAGAAGCUCAUGCAUUUACAAUCACGCUUUGGCACAGAUGAAAGAUUUCGUAUGGAUGCUCGGUUCCUUGAAAGUGGCAGUGAAGAGGAAGAAGAGGCAAAGAAAGUGAAGACAGAUGAGGAAGGAGAACUUGCUGCUGAGAAAAAGAAAAACCUGGAGAUAUUGGGAAGUCUCUUGCAGAUCAACCUAGAACAUCCUAAAUCAAGCAAACUGGCAACAAAUACCAAAAAAUUCAAAGAUAUUAAUACCUUGCGCUAUGACCCCACAAGGCAAGACCAUGCAGUUUUUGAAAGGAAAACAGAUACUACAGAAAAAGAGAGUAAAGCUAAAAGAAAGAAGAAAAGGGAGGAGGCAGAGAAAUUGCCUGAAGUAUCUAAAGAAAUAUACUAUGAUGUUGCUGUGGAUUUAAAAGAGGUAUUUGGAUCAACAAAAUGUGCAACUGAAAAAAGUGAAAUAAUACCCUGGGACAAACAUGACGAUGUGGAAGAAUCAACUCUGGCUGACCAGCAUAUAUUAAGACUUAAUGUUGUGGGCAAUGUAGAAGAAAAAUCUAGUGGCUUCACGUUUUCCUUUUUUGGUGAUGAUCUGAACAAAUCAGCUGUGAAAGAAGAGCCCUACGUAAUUGAAACAAUAAGACCUGCAAGAGUAGCAUGGCAAGAGGAUCCUCGUUUCCAGGACAGCAGCUCAGAGGAAGAUGAUGAGCCAGAAGCCUCUGAAAGUGAAAACUGCAAAGAAAUGUCUCAGUCUUUACCACAGAUGAAGACGAGUAGAUUUUUCUUCUUUUCCAAAGAUGAUGAAAGAUUAAGAGAUGGUCCUAAGCUAUUCUGCAGAUCAUCAAACCUCAAUGAAGAAAAAGAUAAUUGGGAAAACAGACGUAGAUUGUUACUUGAGGAAUGCCGGAAGAAACAUAAGGAUGCAAGAAGAAAAGUUAAAGCAAAACAAUAAGUUUGACAGUGCUAGCCAGCAAUGUUUUUUGAUAAAUGUGUAUUGAAUUACAACAAAAUGAAAAUGUCUGGCUUCAGACUUGUGGUCUUUCAAAGGUUUAACAGGGAAAAAUAUUGCAGCUGAACUGAAAAUAAACUGUUAGAAACUUUUCAAAUUUUGAACAGCUGUCGGGAUAACAGGUCCGUAAAUAUGGCCAUUUUUAUCUGUACAGUUGCACUUUUAUUGUUAUGUGGGGAUAUCUGUUAAUUCAAAAAGUGUGUGUGUGUGUAUGUGUGUGUGUGUGUGUGUGUGUAUGUAUAUAUAAAAAAAUUUUGAAAAUUGGUUCAAGUGUAAUGUUGCUGCUUUAUCGGAUACUCUUAAUGUUUAAUGCAAUGUAGUUUGUAUUUGGCUAUAUUUUUUUAUGUUCUCUGGGUCCAGUUCUGCAAGGUACUGAGAAUCUACAGCUGUGAUUGAAAUGGAUGGGAGUUGAAAGCAUUCAGCUCCUAACAUAGAGGUUGUCAGCAACUUGUGGGAUUGGCAUUCUGAGUUUAGCAAGAUUCAGGGCCUUUAAGAUUUUUGCUAACAUUCAAAAUAUUUACUGUAAUUACCAAAGUAAAAAAUUGUACAGGAAGUUCAUGAAAAUGUGUAAGUACCUGGAAAGGUUUACAAAAUAUGUACAGACUUCUAAUCCUUUGCACAAAACCUACCUUUCCAUUUUUAAAAUAAGUCUUACAGAUUAAUAAACCUUUAAGACCACUUUUGGUGGGGUUGUGUUUGCUCUUGAGUGAUGAUACAUCACAUACAAUUAUAUAGAACAUAGGUUUUUAAGAGGAGCGGCUGCUUUUCAGGAAUUUCAAAUUACUAUCAGGAAUCUAACUCAUUUAAUAGAGUGAAAAUUGAGACAUGGAGCAUCCUUGUGCUCUGACUAGAGACAAAUGCUUUGGUUUCAAUUCCUAGCUUCUUUCUGGACUGACAGUAGAUAAGGGACAGCUGAAGGUCUGCGGCUUAUUAAACAGUGGCAGUGAUAGACUAAAGGGAGAGCCAAGCCAGCCUAUUCUGGCUGGAAUGUUAGAGGCCAAGAGACAAUCUGGCAUUGGAUGAGUUAAAGCAAUAAAAAUGAGAAGCAUUGUCAGGUAUGCCAAAGAACCCAAGCAGAGGCAAAGAUACAACAAUAUUUCUCUUCUCAAAGUCUAGAUUAAGUAAUCUCCUACUCUGUGUGAGAUUGUGGUAAAAGGAAGAGUUUUGUUAGUGGUUUUUCCACUAAGGAAAUGGAUAUAUCCCAUGCUAGAUUUAAAUCACCUGACAUACAAAUAUCUAUUUCUAACUUCUUCGAUCUUGCAUUGUUGUGCAUUCUGGAAAGAUAGCAAUCUAGACACUUUUUUCCAGAGUACAAAUUACUUAUAAAGAUGGCAGGCAGGGUAAACCAUCUUGGGAUAUAUUUCCAGAGUGGUGUAAAAUGAGCUGCUCUGAGGACUGUAUCCAUGGCUGAUAGUUACAUGAGAAUAAAGUAUGUGAAUAGGUUCCAUGCCUGCUUUCAGAAAUAAAAGCAAAAUGUUCUUCUGAUUUGGCUUCCCCUUAGUUUCUUCAAACAACACAACACACCCAGUUAUAUAAACAAAUUAAUAAAACCCUAGGAAGUAACUAAGCUAUUUCUCCUACAGCUGGAAAGAAAUAUUGUUUCUUUGUUUGUAAAUAUAUGGUACACAGUACCUGGGAGGCAGUUUGAUACUGCAAUGCCUGGAGGUGGGGGUGUGUAGGUUACUGAAUAACUAGAAUCAAUAAUGAACAAGUCAGGCAUGUUAUGGUCGCUGCAUGGGAGUAGUCUACACAUAUGCCACAUCAACAGUUUCAGAGUCCACAGCUGGAGUUGGCUAU